AUGCCCACUUCAACUCAGUUCGAAAGUCUGAUCACCAGUGAUGACGUGUCCUACUCUUACUUUGAUAGUGGCGAAGUCCCUGGAAAUAUAUAUACAACCUUGGUCUUCGUCCAUGGCAUGGGUUUCAACGGAGGUGUUUUCAGGAAGCUUUUCCCUCUAGCUACUGCGCGCCGUCUCCGCAUAGUCAGCCUAUACAGGCGUGAUUAUAAUCCCACCACUAGCUUUCGUGAUGCAGACUUGGCUAGUCUCGCCUCCGGUACGGUGGAGGGACAGGAGAAUUUCCUUCGCAGUCAAGCGGUCGAAAUUGCUACUUUCCUUGUUACGUUUGCCCGCGAGCAACGUAUUCCCCCAGCGCAAGGUGCCAGUGGUGGAAUUGCGCUCAUGGGAUGGUCUUUAGGGUCUCUGCACACUCAUGCACUUGUGGCCUAUCUCGAUGCCUUGCCAUCUAGUAUUCUUUCUGACCUUGGAAAGUAUCUCCAUACUAUGGUUUCUCACGAUGUGGGUGCGGUCAACAUUGGUAUACCCAAUCCCCCAAUCUACAAUAUAGACCUCUGGUUCGAACCCGAUGUCGAGAAGAGAUUCAAUCUUUUCUACGAAUGGGCGACGGCAUACUUCCCGCACAAGAACGUCACUUCAGGAAACAUUGAUGACCUCGAGUUCAACGAAUUCUCGAACAAAACUCACUCCAUGCACGAGCUGUCUUCAGAGGAGCUCGCAGAGCUCACGUCUGCCAAGACUUUCGGUGCUUCAGACACACUCCUUCUCUAUAUUCAACCAGACGUAUUCAAUACCAUGGCAAGACGUGCGAUAUUCAACACGGCCUUGGCGGAGAAAUUCCUCCCCAACCUACGUGUCAGAUACAUGUGUGGUGGAGCGAGUCCUGGUGUUUUAGUGUGGGCGUUACAUGAACUAAGGAAGUGUUUGGCUGACCCAAAGCCAAUUUACGGGCUUGAUGCCGAAAAGGCACGAGAUGUUGAGUUCAAUUUCCAGACUGGAGGAAACCACUUCGUUUUUUGGGACGAACCAGAAGUAGCCCUUGAUCACUACAUUGCUACCAUCAAUCUUUAG